AUGCGCUCGCUCACCUCCGUCGGGGGUGUUGGAGGCGGCAGCGACAGCGGCACCAGCAGCUGUAGCAACAUUAGCAGAAACAACAAUGCUUCGACUUCGUCACCAAGACAUGAUCUAACGUCGAAACCACCGCCGCAUAUUCGCAGCAGCGCCAGCAGCAGAACACACCCCCAGCAGACCAAGCCGCACCACCCAAAACAUCUACUCCAGCAGAAACAACAACCCAAGCAGCACCAACCCAAGCGGCAGCAGCAGCAGCAGCAGCAUCCGCCCGACUCGGAGAAACAUCAGGCCAUCCAUCUCGCCCGCCACCCGCAACAACCCCGUCGCGUCUGCUCACCGGGCGCAGGCCACAUCGACAUUGACAUCAAUAUCGCAGCGCUCAUCAGCACCCUCUCCGACUCCAAGAGCAACAGCAGCAGCGGCAGCAACAGCAUCUUCUUCUUCUUCGUCGCCCACGCCCUUCGCCAGUCGCAAUGGCCCACCAACGAUAACCGGGCCCGGACGCAUCACAGCUGCCACCACCAAAACAACCACAACCACAGACACCUCCUCCUCCAACUCCCACCCAAACACAACAACAUCGUCACCUUCACCUCCCGCGGCCUCGACACCGACAUCAACGUCUACACCACCGCCGCAGCCCCCAAUCUCCUCCGCUGCCUCGACACGUCGGCAGCCCGCCCUGUCCUCUAG